AUAGAGAGCGGCUCCUGGGAGGCUGAUCUGCGGUCAGACGGUGAGGCUGAUCUGCGGUCAGACAGUCGGUUCUCCGCUGAGGUCUCAGCCCCGAUCAGCCGAAGCUGCAGCGGCUGCAGGACGGAGCAUCGUCCCCGGUCAGAGGAGCAUCGUCCCCGGUCAGAGGAGCAGCAGAGCGCCGCUUGGAUGGACUGACAGCCGCAGCCUGAACUGAAAGGACAUCUGUCUCCAGACUAACUUCCCAACCCAUCCUGCCCCGACGCCCAGCCACAAUGAAUUCGUCGCCGCACAGCUCCCACCCCUCAGUCGACAUCCUGGAGGAGCUCCAGUUGAUCGCUGCACAGAACCUGGAAAAACUGGACAUCAACAAAUACUAUGAGGUCAUCCGUGAGCUGGGCAAGGGCACCUACGGGAAGGUGGAUCUGGUCAUCCACAGAAUCCGAGGCACAAAAAUGGCGCUGAAGUUCCUGAGGAAGAAGACCACCAAGCUGAAGAGCUUCCUGAGAGAGUACAGCGUCUCCCUCUACCUGUCGCCCUGUCCCUUCAUCAUCAACAUGUACGGCAUCGCCUUCGAGACGGAUGACUUCUACAUCUUUGCUCAGGAGUACGCACCGGGAGGGGAUCUGUUCGACAUUAUACCGCCGCAGGUUGGACUCCCCGAGGCCGUGGCCAAGCGCUGCGUCCACCAGGUGGCCAUCGCCCUGGACUACCUUCACUGCAAGAAGCUCGUCCAUAGAGACAUCAAACCCGAGAACGUCCUCAUCUUCGACACAGAAUGCAGGAAGGUCAAGUUGUCAGACUUUGGGAUGACGCGUCGCGCAGGCUCUCCGGUGAAGCGAGUAAGUGGAACCAUCCCGUACACGGCGCCUGAGCUGUGUGACACCUCACGCCACGAAGGCUUCUGCGUGGACUACAGCACGGAUGUGUGGGCAUUCGGAGUGCUGCUGUUCUGCAUGCUGACAGGAAACUUCCCCUGGGAGAAGGCCAUGCCCAACGACGCCUUCUACGAAGAGUUUGUCCGCUGGCAGCGUCGCCGGACGGGAACGGUGCCGACGCAGUGGCGCCGUUUCACAGAUGAAGCUUUGCGAAUGUUUCGCAGGCUCCUCUCCAUCGAGCAGCAGCGCCGCUGCUCCGUCAAAGAGGUCUUCAGCUACUUUAACCAGUACUGGAUGUUGGACACGGAAAACGGGAACGGCAGUGCGGUAUCAGCCAACACGCCCGCUGUAGAAAUAAGCUCUUCCUCUUCUGAGGAGGACGUAUUGGUGGACAGACUGAAGCAGCAGAGCCUAUCGCCUGCAUGCAUGGCGACGAAGGGAAGCUUCAUGAUGGACACCCACUUCUCCUCCUCAAAUGGCUCGCCGUCCUCCACUAGUGGGUACGAGCGGGUCAACAGAGACAACAACGAAAGGGGACGCAUCUUGGUGACCACGCCCAUUGAGAUCUGCGUUUAGACGCGUACUGCUGCUAUCUGCUGAAGUUGUCGCUGACAUUGAAGAUUUCUUCAAGGCGAGGAAGCAAAUCUGAAGCGCAGAGAGGGAGGUCAGCGGCGGGAAAUGACCGACAGCCUGUUGUAGCUUCACUGCGGAUCUUAUCAUUUCCGAUGAAGGAUAUAUCUGAGGAAAUGAGCCGUGUGACAAUCAAACUGUAGCCUCUGUCUGUGGUUCGUAGUUCAGUCACCGGAGCAGUGAAUGAACUCUCUAAUCAAGAAAAGCAAAAACCAUGAAGGUUUUAAAAUAAACACAAAAACAAGACGCCAUAUACGUUUGAAAAGAAUGUGAUCGGCUUUGUGUAUAAAAGCAACCGUGACUCGUGUUUAUCGUCUAGAAGCGUUUCCAUGUUUCUGUGAAGUGAGUUUUUAUUUAUGUCGAAUUAAUAUAUUUAGAAGUUGUUUUGUCAGGUGGCAGAGCUGAUCUCUAUCUGCUAUUAAAAAAUAGGGGAAACCUUUAGUUUGGUAGAAAGCUUAGAGGUAGCUGGGCUCGUCUGUCAUGUUUUUCUUUAGCCGCCAUCAUGACGUUUCAUUAAAUUAGAUGUUUGGUAUGUGGGAUGUUUCUAUGUGAUCACACUUUUCUCCUCCCCCGCCAGUCCUCCCAGGUAAUGAGCUCUGGGACACUUUCUGAACAUUGUUUGCUUUUGAGAAUUUAAGUGACAGAACGAAAGGUACAUUUCCUUUUAGCAAAUUAAAUCGCAGUUUUGUGAUAAUGUCUUAUUAUCCUCUGCUUUAAUGAGAAGCAAAAGAACAUUGAAAAACUUUGGUUAUUUGGAUUCAGGGUUUUUUCCUGACAGAA